ACCCCACGAACCUUAGGUUUAGGGUUAGGUUACUGUACCUAAAUUCAUCACCCUCAUCAUGUGAUCGGGCUGUAGAGUAUAAUAACGUCUUUACGAGUUGCGCACGCAGCACUAACCUGCGUAAGCUACGCUGUGCGAGUCUGAGAGGAGCUACAAACGGAAGUAAAAAAAAAAACCUCUGACCUCUCAUCGUAUUAGCAGCAACGAACGGCAUCAUGGAUGGAAACCAGAGUCUUGCCUAGCAACCAUUGAGUCGUGUAACGUGAUUUUAUUUACAGUUUGAAAUAUGGCUACAGAAAGCAACAAACGGCGCCAGCCUCGUGCCCUUCCACCAAUGCCAAGCCAAAACACUGGAGUUUCAACAGAUGAGAUGCCACUUAGCAAGACUAAAAAGAAAAAGUUAAAAACAACCAAUGGAAUAGGUAAGACAGAAGGGUCUAUAAUGCAGCCUGGCAGCUGGAGACAUUCAGAAAGCAAAGAAUCUCUGACUCCAGAACCUCUGGACAUGCCCCCACAGCGCAAGAGAAAGAAGAAAAAGUCAUUGCAAACACCCGAUUCUGAAACAUCGUUUAUGCAGAACACCCCAUCAGAACCCUCCAUGCAGACAGAGUUGCCGAAUGACAAUAGUGUAGACAAUCCGGAUGAUUUUGAAGUGAUCCGCAAGCCACGGAAGAGAACCAAGAAAACCCGUCCCACUGAUCUCCAGUACGCCAAUGAGCUUGGAGUGGAAGAGGAUGACAUCAUCACUGAUGUCCAGCCUCCCAUUUCACCGCACACUCUUUUCACAGCUCCGAUUGGCAGCAGCCAGCCAGUGGGAAAAGUGUUUGUGGAAAGAAACCGGCGAUUUCAAGCUGCGGACAGGUCAGAGCUGAGUAAACCUGCUGAACAAGCAGAUGAUUACAUGGAGGUGAAAUCCUUGUGGACAACAAGGGAUGUGGCAAUGAGCGUGCACCGGGGCUUCAGAGUGAUCGGUCUGUUCUCUCACGGUUUCCUCGCUGGAUACGCUGUGUGGAAUAUCAUUGUGGUGUACGUGCUGGCUGGAAACCAGCUCACUACCCUCCCAAACCUGUUGCAACAAUACAAGACUCUGGCCUAUCCAGCACAGUCCCUGCUCUACCUUCUACUGGCUGUCAGCACCGUAUCUGCAUUCGACAGGGUUAACCUGGCCAAGACGUCUAUGGCACUGCGUGGCUUUCUGACACUCGACCCUGCAGCUCUGGCCUCUUUCCUGUAUUUUGUUGCUUUGGUUCUGUCUUUAAGCCAACAAAUGACCAGCGACAGGAUAAACCUUUACACAUCACAGUCUGCCAAUGACACCCUAUGGCCUUCCGGCUCUGAGCAACAGAUCCUCCAGCCCUGGAUUGUGGUCAAUCUGGUGGUGGCUCUCCUGGUUGGAAUAGCCUGGGUUUUCCUCUCUACCAGACCAGAAAUGGAUUGCACUGAAGAUCUCAUAUUUUCCAUGGAAGUGGAAGAAUACCCAAAAGAAACUCAAGCCUGAAGUAUUUGUACACAUGUUUAAUUAUGUAUCCAUUGUUUUGUUAUAUUGUUGUGAACUGUUUUUAAGAAAUAUAUAUUUUUAUGUUUUAUCAUGUAGAUAAUCAUAUAUUAGAAAAAAAAAAAAAUCAUUGAUUUUUCAAAUGAUCAUAUUGUUCUCUUUCAAGGGAAUGUAGUUAGUACUACUUACAAUCUGAGAGACAUUUAAAAUCAAUACAACAACACUACUGCUGUCAUUUAUUUUGCCAGUUUCACUGAGGAUUUCAGACAUUCCCAAAACACUAGGAACAUCUUAAACACAGUGUCAGACUGUAGGCUUUAAAGCUUUGCUUUUAGGAAUUGUGAACAGUGUUAAUUUAACUUGACAAUUUUUCUUUUCACUGAAACAAUAAAUAUAGAGAGAUUGAAUGUUGUCAAACAGUCCAGUGACAUGUACAAAAAUGAAUUACAAACCUGUAAAAUGUGAUUUAUAUUGCUACACUCCACUGGUGGUAAAACUAGCUGAAAGAUAAACAAAGGAAGGUAUAAAGUCAAUUUGUUCUUAAGAUGUAUUAAAAAAAUAAAAAAAUAAAAAAUAAAUAGGCCCCACUAGA